AUGAGCACUUAUCAUCUUCCUGCCUUAUCUGAGAUUUUCCUGUACGUCAAGGUUGCGUCAGAGGGAUACCCUGUGAAUGAAUCAAAGACUGCGAGAGAUGUACAGGGUUUGUCAGCUAGCUCUUUUUGUGUGCAAAUCCAUUCACACUCUGCUUCCCGACUCCAAAUCCCUGAAACUCAUCUUCAUCAACCACCUAGAGGUCACAAUCUACCAAUGCAACCCAGACGGAAAACUGUAGAUCCAGGAUCACUUCAAUCCGGUAAUAAAUUAGAAAUCAAGGAAGCGUCUUGUGAUAGACGAAAGAGCAGCUCGUCUUUGAAAUCGACUGGUGAUAGCAAUCAGAAUGUUUCCAAAUCAAGCGAGAAGCAAGGAAAGCAAAAGCAAUCAAAUGUAAUAGCGGGAUUUGGUACAAAAGCAUCACCUACGCCUAUGCAUACACUUAAAAGACGUCAAUCGAUAGUCCUUGACUCAAGUUCAGACGAGGACGACUUGGCUGAGCCUGGAACCGGUUCCACAUCCACACCCAAUUCCAAUAAGCCUUCCCAAAUCGAUAAGAAGCCCCCUAAAUCUACCAAAAAGUCCAAAUCACCCUCCAAUAGCUCCAGCUCAAACAAGGGUAAAACAUCAAAGAGCAAAAUGAUUCAGCAGUAUGUGGAGAAUGCAAAGAGAAUAUCGCAGCCUGCGCAAAUCCAGGGUGCUGCUGAAAGCAAUUCCGAGGAGGAGGUAACUAACAAUCUCACACGAGGCAAGGAAUCCAACCUCCUUCAAAGCUCUGGUUCAGAUUCAGACGAUGUACAAAUAGUCGAGCAUACCACGCGACCAAGUCACCACCACUCUUCAAGUCGAGCUCAUUCACAGAAACCUUUCAAACGAUCGAGGAUCGAGGACUCUGAGUCUGAGGAAUCUAAUGGCGAUAAGAGCUCACUACCUGCCAAUAAGAAGAAACAACAUACGCGUAGAAGCGAGCCUCUGAAGCAUUCCUCAGUUGCUGCACCUGAAAAUACAAAACACACCCCUCAACACGAUCGUCGAAAAUCUCAACCCCUUCCUUCAUUUUCCAAGAAGCGACCAAGUGCUGUUACGGAGGGAGAGGAUGAUGAAGCAAGACGCAGCAUUGCCAGGAAAGUUGAAGACACUAAUAGUAAAAUAGCGAUACGAAAUGAAAAACAUAGUGCCGACAAGAAGUCAGGUAAAGCAAAACAUCAGACAGCUCUGGAUCAGUUAAAUCAAGAGGUAGAAAGUAGACAACAAGAAUUCACCAGCAGACAAGAAGCAGCAGCUAAAGUAAAUGAGGAAGCGGUAGCACUUAAGAGAAAGGAAGAGACUGUAGCAGCUGAGAGAAAAGAAGAAGCUAAACGGAAAGAGGAGGCUAAGAGAAAGGAAGAAGCCAAGAGACAAGAAGACUUCCGAUUUGAACAGCAAGUCAAGCAGAAGGACGAAGUACGACAGGCUAGGAGAGAUGAAGAAAUGAAAAAGCAGGAGGAAAUCGAGAGACAGGAAGCAGCUCAGCAAGUCAUCGAGACCAAGAAAGCCGAAGCCGCCAGGAAGGCUAAAGCUAUGGAAUCGGAGUUAGCAAAGAAGCAGACAGACGAUCUGAAAGCAAAGGUCGCUGAAGAGAAUGUAGGUAGAGAGAGAGACGAUCACAUCAAGCGCCUUAAGCGACAGCAUGGCAAUGAUGCUAAUGGAAAGCAAAUGCGCGCAGAAGUUCUUUCUAACAAACCUCGCCAUGAAGCUUCCUCUGUCACUAUCGAUCGAUCCGCUAAUGAGGGAGACAAUAUAAAGAAACAGGCGUCAAAGGAGGAAGCAGACGACAAGAAUAAAGGCGUCAAUAACAGUGAAAGAUUUGAUUUGCCUCCUAAGCCGGGGCAAAAUGGUACUGAUCAGGGGCAUGACAGAGCAUCUCAGCCUCAGAGCAAAGAAAGGAUGGAAUCACCUGGCGUCAAUCAAGUUGAAAUGAUGAAACUUUUCAGUGCGCAAGUUGACAUGAUGAACAUGCUCACGAAAUCUACUACCCGCAAUGAAGAGCUUCAACAGACCAUCUUGGAUCUCAAGCGAAAAGAUGCUCAACGUGAAGCGAAAAUGAUAGAAUUGGAGUCAAAAAUUUCUACUUCGGGAGAGGCUGCUUUACAGCGAGUAAAUGAAGAGCAACUGUUAGCAAAGAAUCAUUACGCCGAGCUUACUAAAAGUAUUGAGGCUCUCAAGAGCAACGAGGAGAAAAUCAGCAAGGAGAAAGCUUUAGAAAAGGACCUACAGAAGAGCAUAGAAGAAUAUCGACAUGAUACUAUGGAAUCGAAGAAAGAAACUCAGCUGCUGUCUAUCAAGGUGGACAGCUACCUGACAUCAUCUACGCUUCGUUUUGUAGAGUUCGAAAAUAAGGUCAACGAAGGUAUAGCUCAGGCAAGAAAUUCUUCGAAUACACAGCCAACGCAAGGUAUAGAGGGCAUCCUUCAAGAAGUUAAGCGCUUUGAGAAUAAGUUAGAGAAGGAGAAAGAAGACGCAUCUGAGGUUCAUAAAGCUAGAGAGACACGCGAGACGGCAGAAAAAGUAAAAGAUAAACAAAGAUUUGAAGCGAGGCUGAAAGAAGUCGAAGAUAAUUCCAAAAAAGAUAGCUGGAAGCAAAAAGAAGCUGUCGACAGUAUUCAUGUUCGCCUACACCGCCAUAAUGACUUUAUACGGAAUUUCGAAGAAACUGUAAAAUCUAGUCUGAGAAACUCGAAUAGAGAAUUGGAAACAAAGUUUGCCGGUCUCAAGCAGAUUGUUGACCAACACGCAUGGACCGAAAAAGGAAUAGUGAAAGAUAUAGAAAAUCUCAAGACCCACUUGAGUAGAAUAGGUGAACCACAGAAAAAAUCACACGAGAUGUCAGGCAUUGACAGUGCAAGUAACGACAAGUACAACGCACUCAAGGCUGAGAUAGAGCAAAUGUCAACAUCGCAAUCUACCCAAUUCGACGCGUUGAGGAAGCAAUUUGUUCGCAAGUACGAUGAUCUUAGAAUAGAAAUGGUGAGACGGAGCAACGAGGCAAAUACUAGGCUCCAAGAUUACAAGACGCAAAUGGAGACAGUAGCUAGCAGGGACAAAGGCGCCACUUCCAACACAAAUGAGAAUGUAUUCUUGAAGCAAGAGAUUGAAUGGUAA